AUGAAGCUCGUUCUGUCAGCUGUUCUGCCCGCUUUUGCAGCCGCAGCGUUAGCUUCGCCUUCUGUCACAAUUGAUGCCGGCACCCUUCAGGGUGGACAGUGUGAAAAUACACAAAAUGCAGUCUACUACAAGGCAAUUCCCUUUGCUGAGCCUCCUGUUGGGGAACUACGCUUCGAGCCUCCAAAGGCUUACAACAAACAAUACCCUAAUGGGAAACUUGACGCAACCACCGCACCUGCCUCCUGCAUUCAGUUCGGAGCCGAGUUUGACGCGACAGGAGUUAUAGAUGAAGACUGUCUCUACCUAGAUGUUUGGACUCCAUCUAACGCCACCAAAGACUCAAAUCUUCCCGUCAAAGUUUGGAUCUACGGCGGAUCAGACACGUCUGGAGGAAUCUCGAAAGGCCUAUUCGAUGGCUGCAACACUGCAGCAGAUGGUUCGAUUUUUGUCUCAAUCAACUACAGAAUUGGACCUCUAGGAUUCAUGGCACUCAACAGUGCCGGGAUAUAUGGUAACCAGGGAAUUCAAGAUCUUCUUCUCGGGUUGGAGUGGGUCCAAGCCAACAUCGCUGCUUUUGGCGGUGACCCGAAAAAGGUACUUCUGUUCGGCCAAUCAGCCGGUGCUGAGGACGCAUUUAUUAUCGCUUCUCUUCCUCAAGCACCGUCUGUUAUCAGCAGUGUCAUCAUGGAAUCGGGCGCAGGGAAAAAGCUCCUCUACAAUUCGACAAUUCAGGGUGUUGGUGCAUCAUAUGCUCAAACACUCAAGUGCAGCUCUAAUGACAAAGCUUGUCUACAGUCUAAGACUGUCUCCGACUUGAAGAAGGCGUACAACAGUGAUGCCUUCCUGCAAGAGGGAAUUGGAGCUGGUGGACCACUCGCUAUCACCACCUCGGGGACACAUACUUUCUAUCCCUAUGUGGAUGGAAAUGUCAUCCCUGAGGAACCCUUGAGUCGCGGCGUACAAGUGCCGGCAGUCUUUGGAUCCAACAAAAACGAGGGUGCCAUAUAUGCCGCUGCCACGGUCAAAAGUCUGACGGAUGGCAAGAAUUUGACGCCAUCUCUGUACAAGAACUUCCUCCGUGAUAACUUUGGUGGCGCCGCUGGACUUAUUGAAAAAUACUACCCUCUCUCUAUGUUCGAAGCUUUCGCCGGCGGAGACACACACUUUGGUGUGCUCUAUGCCAUAUCACAGGUCAUAACCGACUCCGACUACAAGUGUGUCGCAUACGAGGGGUUGGUGUCAGCUGCACGCAAGAAUAUCCCCGUUUGGACAUACGAAUAUACACACAACAACACAUGCCCAUGGCUAGGCACUCUGAAACAGCUCCAAGGAAAUGCGGAGGAAAUGGCGCUAGUCGGUGCUACUCAUACCGCCGAAAUUCCGUUCGUCUUCGGUAACAUGAACAACCAGCCUCUUCCCGGCGGGACUUGCAAUGCCACAGAAGCCGAGGACAGCCUCAGCAAGCAGAUGAUGAGCUUGUGGACGGCAAUGGCAGAAAAUGCCGAUCCGUCGACCGAUGCUAUCCAAUGGCCACGAUUCACUCUAGAAAAGAAUGCGUCCAGUCCCGGAUUGAUCUUCGCAGAUUCAACCCUGUCUGGCCAAGUCGAUUACAAGAGUUGUCUACUGUGGGCCAAAGUUUUUGACCUCAUUGAAGGAGGGAAUGGUACCGCCACAGCCACAACCACGCCGAGCAGUGGCGGUAUAAAACCAACGGCUUCGGCGACAACGGCCUCGACGUCAAGGGUCUCGGCGUCUAAUACUCCCCCGGCCAAUGGUGCAGCAACUACUAUGCCUGCAACAGGGGGUCUCCUUGCCUUGGGUGCGCUAUUGACGGUUAUAUUGGCAUAG